AUGGCCACAGCAACAUGGUCGAAACUCCUCUCUGCCGACAUCCUGCAGCGCUCCUCGCAGAUUAUCUCCCUCACCCCUGACAAUGUCUACAUCUUUGGCGGGGAGCUGCGUCCCCGCGAACCCCGCGAUAACGACGUCCACGUCGUCCAGACAUCGCCUCCACACACCUCGUCUACCAUAACUGCCGCCACAUCAUCUCCCAGCCCCUCCCCACGGGUCGGUUCCGCCUCGACCACCCUCCACGGGAAGAUAUACCUCUUCUCCGGCCGCGGCGGGGUAGCCAUGGCCGCGAUCGAAGAGAACGGCGGGCUCUGGGAAUUCACCCCGACAACCUCCACCUGGCGUCUCAUCACGCCCGCCUCCUCCACCGCACCGUACCCACCCGCGCGCAGCUACCACUGCAUGGCCAACGACGGCGACGACACCAUCUACGUGCACGCGGGCUGUCCCGAGAAGGGCCGGCUAUCCGACCUCUGGGCGUUCCGUCUGUCGAGCCGUGAGUGGACGACGCUGGCCGCCGCGCCGGACCCGCCGCGCGGUGGCACGUCCAUCGCCUUCGCGGACGGACGCCUGUACCGCAUGAACGGCUUCGACGGGAAGGCCGAGCAAGGCGGCCACGUCGAUGUGUACGACCCGUCGACGAAUGUCUGGACGACCCAUGCGUUUGAAGCGGAUGGUGUGGCUGGUCCCGGACCACGGAGCGUGGCUGCUUUGCUCCCCGUCCGGCUGGACAGCGGGCUCUGGCUGGUCACGCUCUUCGGUGAGUGCGAUCCGAGCGCUUUGGGUCAUCAGGGAGCCGGGAAGAUGCUGGGGGAUGUGUGGGCAUUCCAUGUGGAGGAUCGGGUGUGGAAGAAGACUUGGAGAUUGCGGCUAGACUGGAUAUAUGUAUAUCACUCGACGAUCAGAAUCACCUCCGCAAAUGCCUUCCUCUCGCAGAAGACUCCCAAUAAUAUUGCAUAG